CUGUAUACCAGUAACUGAAUAACGUUUGAAAAGUGCAUUAGAUUAUUUAAAAUUGGAAUUAUUUUGAUUUUUAUUGAACUUAUACAUUUUCCGUUCUAAAUGUUGAUGAACAGGGAAAUUACUGACAAUAAACAGUCAAUGUGUCCUGAAAGUAAUAAAAAUUUGUGGGAAAACGAAAGUGAAGAUGAAGACAUUGACAUUGAAGAUAUACCUGUAUCUCCCGGCCAGUCCGAAUAUGAUUCUUCUCACAAUUCGUCUUUUGAGCAUUCGACUUCUGAAACGUUUAACGAAGACAGUAUAAACGAAAAUGGAAAGCAUACAGAUCCCGAAAGUGUGAUAGAAAAAAGUAGUACAGGACAUAAGAAACGGUCGAAUCUUGUAAAGCCACCAUACUCAUAUAUUGCUUUAAUAACUAUGGCAGUUCUUCAGUCACCUAGGAAAAGAUUGACCUUGUCGGGGAUUUGUGAAUUUAUCAUGGGAAGAUUUCCUUACUACAGAGAAAAGUUUCCAGCAUGGCAAAAUAGCAUUCGCCAUAAUUUAUCUUUAAAUGACUGUUUUAUAAAAAUCCCAAGAGAACCUGGAAAUCCAGGUAAAGGAAAUUACUGGAGCCUAGAUCCUCGAUCAGAAGAUAUGUUUGAUAACGGAAGCUUUCUCAGGAGACGAAAACGGUUUAAACGUCCGUCAUUAGAGAUGAUGCAACAAUCAACAGCAUUUGCUCAUUCUCCGUAUUUUCACCAUCACCACCAUGGAUUAUUCUCGCCACACGCACCGCAUCCGUCAGUAAUUGGAACGAGUUUACCUUAUCCGUAUCUGUCACCAAUGAUGACACCACAUCACCACCUUUUACAACAGGAGGUCGCCACAAGAACUCCGCUACCCCCCAUAUCAUUACCAGUAAGGGAGAGAGGACCUUCAACGUCUCCCAAGGUAAUAAGCUCUAGUCCGCCAGCAACUAAAGCAGACUUUUCGAUUGACAAAAUAAUUGGUAAUACGGAAACGCAGAAAGCACAGAAAGUGCCGUCAACAUCAUCAUUUAGACCACCAUUAUCGGGACUCGCCCAGAUGUCCUCGAUACCACAGUUAAGGCAUGGUGACAAUGACAUUUCUAAAUUAAAUAACGCAACAUACCUGGCUCAACUUCAAGCUGCACUUACACAAAUGAACUCAAUAGACAUUGAAAAGUAUAGAAAAUAUCUACAAAUAUAUGGUAUAAAUGGAUGGCCCGUAUAACGUUAUAAUACUUCUAUAUCUAUGUUAUAUAUUUAUUUAUUAUCAGUUCAUGUAAGUACUGUUUAUUUAUCGUUGUGUUUCAUUCCGUUUUUGAAUGUGUUGUUUAUCAGCUAAAGACCAAAGAGACUUCUUUUUUCAGGGACAUAUUUCAUGUAAUUACCUUUUAUUGGAAAUUAUAUGUUAUAAAGGGUAAUGAAAAUAAACGUCUUUGUUUUCUUCUUUA